CCACGAAAUUUCUAACGGUUGUUUACCUUCUCUUGCAGCCCUCAUGGAUGCGGAGCCGGGAAUACUGGGACGACAGUUUCGAGGCACGUUUCGCGGAGCUGCGGAAAGAUCCGACAAGACCACCCUUGAAGGUUAUCCUUGUGCCUCACAGUCACACCGAUCCGGGAUGGCUGAAGACGUUCGAGCAGUACUUCCACAGUUCCACGAGGAGCAUCCUAAAUAACAUGGUCUCGAAGCUGCAGCAGUGGCCGAACAUGACCUUUAUCUGGAGCGAGGUUUCGUUCUUAUCGCUAUGGUGGGACAGUGCUCAUCCGACGAAGAAGAUGGUCAUAAAAAGAUUAGUCAAAGACGGUCGACUGGAAAUGACCACCGGAGGCUGGGUCAUGACUGAUGAAGCAACUUCUCACAUUUACGCUAUGCUGGAUCAGCUCAUUGAAGGUCACCAGUGGCUGAAAACGAAUCUCGACGUGAUACCCGAGUCGGGCUGGUCCGUUGACCCGUUCGGCCACGGCAGCACCAUACCGUACUUCCUCAGGGCCUCGGGCGCGUCCGGCACGGUCAUCCAGAGGAUACAUUACGCGUGGAAGCAGUGGUUCGCUAAAAAGCAGUACGGCGACUUUGUCUGGCGACAGCCGUGGGAUCGCGACGGCGCCGCCGACAUGCUCACCCACAAUCAGCCCUUCGACAUCUACAACAUCAAGCACUCGUGCGGCCCACAUCCGCAUGUCUGCCUCAACUUCGACUUCCGUAAGAUACGCGGCGAGUACACCGAGUACUCGGUCCGCGCCGUCGAGAUCACGCCGAACAACGUCAAGCAGAUGGCCGAGCUGUUACUGGAGCAGUACGCGAGAACCGGCUCGUUGUUCACUCACAACGUCGUGCUGAUGCCGCUCGGCGAUGACUUUAGAUACGACCACGCGAUCGAGUGGGAUCAACAGUACACCAACUACAAGAUCCUGAUGGAUUACAUAAACAGCCGCAAGGACGAGUACAAUGCCGAGGUGGUGUUCGGCACGCCGAAGGACUACUUCGGCGAGAUACAAAAACGCGUGGUCAAGUUCCCGUCGUUGACGGGCGACUUUUUCGUGUACUCGGAUAUCUUCAGCGAGGGUAGACCGGCCUAUUGGAGCGGCUACUUUACCACCAGGCCGUACAUGAAGAUCCUGGACCGCGAGCUCGAGGCAAAUCUCAGAUCCGCCGAGAUCCUCUACACGAUUACGCUAAAUCUCGCCAAGCAGUCUGGCAAGGAUAUAAAACUUUACGAGACGUAUUUCGAAAAGUUGGUGAAGGCGAGGCGUAAUCUGGGCCUGUUCCAGCAUCACGACGCGAUCACCGGUACCUCAAAGUCCUUCGUCAUGAAGGAUUACGCGCUGAAACUCUUCGAAUCGAUCUCGGACACGACGAGCCUGCAGAGCUUCGCCAUCCAGUCGCUCGCGGCCACCAUCAGCGGCAAAUCCAAUUCCGUCUACGUGCUGGCCGAGUCGGACAGAGACAGCUACGAGAAGUUGCCGAAGAAGAUACCGAUCGGCGUGAACGGCCAUGAGACCAGGAAGAUCGUUCUGUUCAAUCCACUGGCCCAGCCCAGGCAGGAGGUGAUCAGUCUCAAAGUCACGUCGUAUAAAAUCAAAGUCCUGGAUCCCCAAAGAAACCCCAUACCCUACCAAAUCGCGCCGGUGAUGAACGCCACGAGCAUCACGCAUGACGUGUACGUGUUGCUCUUCGUGGCCGAGCUGAAACCGCUGUCGAUUGCCACGUAUCACCUGCGGCAAGUCGACAAGGUGCCGGCGGAGGCCAUCUCGACGGUGUAUUGCAGCCGUUGCGGCAAGGACAACGUCUUUCCCAUCAAACCCAUGCAGGUGGGCGACGUGCAGCUCGAGAAUCAACGGAUGAAGCUGCUGUUUGACGGACAGACGGGUUUCUUGAAGCGCGUAACGAAGAAAUCCACCGGCAAGAUCAUGCAGUGCGCCGUACAGUUCGCCGCGUACCCCUCGGCGCAGUUCCACAGCGGUGCCUACCUCUUCAUGCCCGACCCAAAUCUCCGGGACACCGACAAGGACGUCCUGGAGGCGUACACGCCGCACCAGAAGAUUUAUAUCGUCAGCGGUAGCCUGAGUUCCCGCCUCACCGUCGAGUACGGCAAGUUACUGACGCAUCACGUGGCGAUCUACCAUCACGACGGCGGCCUCGGCGAGGCCAUCUAUCUGCGCAACAUCGUGGAUUUCGAGACGCCGCCGAAGAAUCGCGAGACGGAGAUGUUCAUGCGCCUGCAGACCGAUAUCUCGAACGGCGAUCCGCCCGAGUUCUAUACCGAUCUGAACGGCCACCAGAUGAUCAAACGCACGAAAAUCGAGCGCAUCGGUAUCGAGGGCAACUACUUUCCCAUCACUACCAUGGCCUACAUCGAGGACUCGAGUCACCGACUGACACUGUUGGUGAACCACUGCCAGGGCGCGGCCAGCUACCAGCCCGGCUGGCUGGAGGUGAUGCUGGAUCGCAGGACUCUCUACGACGAUUCGAGGGGCAUGGGCGAGGGUUUGCUGGACAAUAGGCGGACGGUCAUCAAGCACUGGCUACUGCUUGAAGACAUCAGCGGCGAGAAGGACAGAUACUCGAGGCCGUCGCUGUUCGCCAAUCAUCUGAGCAACACUCUCAACUAUCCGGUGAACAUCUUCGUGGUCGACGGCAGUGAGCAGGAGGUCACGAUGGCGCCGGAAGUCCGAUUGUUGAGUCAGAGCUUCCCGUGCGACCUUCACCUGCUCAAUCUGCGCACCAACCACGAUCAGAAGCUGCCACAUUUCCCGGUGAACAGCGCGCUCAUGGUGCUGCACCGGCAGGGCUACAGCUGCUCCGUAGGCAUCGACGUGGCGCUGAAGCACUGCCCGCUCACGGAGAGACUCGCGCAGGGUACCGCGUUCUACAAGCUCGACAAGGUCAACGUUACGAAGACGUCGUUGACCGGCACGAAGCCGGGCGCGCGUCUGAAGGAUGGUUUCCAGGAGAUCGGCCUGCAACCGAUGCAAGUCGAGACUUACAACGUAAACUUCGUGCAAUGAUCCUAUAAUAAACCAUGUAUGCCAAUCGGCCGUCGAUCUUGACGCGCUCGCACGUUGAUCGGUUAGCAAAAUUCCAAAAGUACACACAGGCGUUCUGCCCCCUUCCAAAUGACACUGCCGUAUGUUAAUCGUACUGAAUACUACCUCUUUGACUCUUCGUGUAACGCGCGACGUUGUUGGCGGUAAAGAACGGAACUUUGCGGAAGCGAUACAGAGAAGCGAAAGUAAUCAAUAAUUUCUCGCGGGGCGGCGAAAAAUGUGACAAAUAACGUUGACCACUCUGGGACAAUUGAAAUAAACAAUUGACUCGUACGGUUUAAUUAAAAUGAAUUCUGUCGUAUCAGGAAGGAUUUAAAAAAAUUUUUAAUCAACAACCUUUUUAUUCCAUUAGGCGUGUGAAGGAGACAUUUUGAUUAAUUUCUUUCAAAAUUAAUCCCGACAAUGUGCUCUAUUGGCCUAGAAAUCAUGUUUUUAUAUACCGUCUUCUUUUUUCUUAUACUCAAUUUCUUUCAUAAACUUUAUUCGAAGAAAAGGAGAAAAGGGUUUCAUAACAGAUCAACAAUUUAUAAAUUUCACGAUUUUAUAAAUUAUUGACUAAGAACUCUUCAUUUCAAGCGAUGCUCCGCACUGGUUGCGUCACAUUUUCCGAGGAAAUUUUAAUGGCAGGAAGAGUGCGCGUGUAAAUAUUUCGAUCGAUGCAACACAAUUUAUUGUGUUAACUAAUCAUGACGAACGUGCAACGCGUGCGUGCAUUAUUGUACAUAUUGUUCCUGUGCGAUGUAUCCUUGCGUUUCAUUAUCGAACGGCAUAUUAUCGAGAGGGAGAGGGAAGGGAAGAGGCGAGAGAUGUAUACACGCAGAUAUAUAAAUACACUAGUAAUUUACUCCAAACAGAGUCUGAGAUAUCUAAUUAAUAUAUGUAUAUUCGCUGGAGCGAGAUAUUUGGGAACAGGUUUAUCUCGAUCUGUUUUACUCAUUAAAAUUUCCAAACAAUUCUUCCAUAAUUUAAUACCUGUAUCGCUGGAGUGACUUCAACUAUAUUUAUUAAGAUUUUAGGCUCUAGCAGUUCUGAAUUUCUUUAUCAUUGUCUUCGUGUCGAAAAACCUCAAUUUCUAAACUUUCUUAUUUAAUUUCUAAAAUGUUUAUUAUCAUUGUUUGAACGAUAAAAUGAUAUUUCUAACUUUCUGCGUGUCUUCACGACAGCUCUUUUUUUAAAGUGAUUUCGUGGGAGAUAUAAAAGGGGCCAUAGAGUCAGGCCUAUACGGAGAACAGAAGAAUUAAAAUUUCAUAUAGUGACCUUUAUCUGUUUCGUACGGCGGUUACCGUGGACAAACAGACUGACAGCUGACUGACGUAAAUUUCUUUUAUCAAACGUAUAGAGAUAUAUGUAUAUAUUGUAUCGUAUAUGUACAUAUUACAUAUCACGUCGUAACUUAUACCCUAGAUAAUUACCGAUACCGUAGACUACCUUUGUGAUAGCGAAACGAUGUAAAGAAAAUCUUAUACAUCUAUUUUCGUAUGUCAGAUAUUUUGCUAUCGACCCUCCCUCUCUCCCUCAUCGCGAGUAUUGACAGUAAGUGUCUUCUUAUAGACGAAGGGGACGCGAUAUUCCGGAGAUAUCUCCUCCCCGUGUAUAUCGCGUACGCAAUCGGGAAAUGUAGUAAAGUAUAAUGCGUGUAAAAUAAACUUGCGUGCCAGACGACGAAGUUAUCUCUUGGAGACAAUGCGGGUAGAGGCGGUCUUCACAAGAUACGACGAUAUAUAUAAUUCACACUGAAUUGCAAAUAAUUAAUUAAUUUGACGAGUUCUCACAAUUACGUGACGUUAACGAUUGCAAAAUCUUCUGUUUUGCUCUCUUUUUCUUUCUCUUCCGAGACGUUUAUGCCACGCACUGGAAACCUGUCAGAGCGAUAACGAGAUAUACCGUACUUCCGUGGAGUUCUAUGUAAUUACUUUAUUAUGAACGAACGAUAAGUAUUGAGACACGCGAAUGAUAAAUGAGAGAGAGAGAGAGAAAGAGACUCUGCGAAGUACGAUACGUAUCGUCGCGUGGCGUUUCCAGCAAUCUUCCACUUCCAUGGAGAAUCUCGAAGUGUCCCUUUUUGCGGCUGUACCGUCGGUCCGAUUUGUACAUAUUAGAUUAAUUAAUGGAAAGCCGUGCAGCUACCGCGCGCGCGAGUGGACCGGUCGCACGGUCGCAUUCCUCCGGCGCGUGAAACAAGAGAGGAAAUUAGUUUCUCCGAGGCGAGGGCGCAAGAAAUGUGGUCGCUACUUUUACGUAAAAACGGCAAGCAAAGUGUUUGUCGCUUCCCCAUGUAGCGGAUUCGUAUAGUUAUUACGAAGUAGUUUUUUAAUUCACGCGAAAGAUACGUUAUCUAUGUAAAUUUUCUUAUUUAAAAAUUGUAUUUAUAAAUACGGUGCGAGUACGGUGAACUUCCUGGUGGUUUUAUACUCCGACGUUAUAUUAUCUCUUAGGAAUUUUAUCGCGCGCGUGUACAUUUCUGCCCAAAAUUCUAAUACAUAAACCAUCAGAUUGUGGAUUUCCAAUUUCAUUCAUGUUAACAUUAAUUGAUUCGGUUAUUUACAGAUAAUCGACGUAUUUUUAUCAUAUCGUUCUAUCGCUAACAAUAAGAGAUGUAACAAGUUGCAAUUAAUUGUUAUUUUAGCGGUUACAUUUGUCCACGAUUACAUUUUGUCGCACUAAAUAUAUAUUUUUAUUGAAAUUUAAUUCGUUUUCGAUCGCUGUCAUUGUCAAAUUGUUGUUGCCGUUUGAUUUCAGCCGUGAAUCCUCUAUUUCCAGACGCGAGUUAUUUAACGAAACGCGCAUCGAUUUGGCAAAAAUUUAACAUCGAUCGAAAACGCACACACUUUGCGUUAAAAAAUCGAAAAAGUCAGAGGCAGAAAGAAAUCUGUCGCGAUAAGACUCGAUGUCGCCGGAUAAUCAAGCUUCGUAAGCAUCGGUUAUUAAAAUUUUUUCGAUAGACUUAUGGCUCCGAUAAAUUUCACAGUUCACGGCGCGAACGAGCGUUCGAGGUUUAACGAUGUUGUGUAAAUAGCGGAUCGUCGAUGAAAUCGUUAAACCGAUAGAUCGUAUAAAGAGUAAUGGAAAAUAAAGGACGGGCGGAUGGGUGCACGGGGUAAAGUGUACAGUAAGUUAUCUCCUUCGUUGCUGUUGUCACUUUUAAUCAUCGCCGUAACACAUUAUCGCGUUCGAUCUUUGGCCGAAAAAAGGUUUGCGAAAAUAUAUUCUAUUUAUCUGCUUUAUACAUAUUAUGUGAAAAUAUGAUAAAACUGUUUUUAAUUUGAUAUAAUAAAUCUAAUUUUAUCUCUUAAUUUUAUUUUUGAACACGUUUAAGCCUCUGGCGUUAAUCAGACGAAUUAAUAAACGGGGUUAUCUUGUUUUGAUAUCAUAUUAUCUGUUGGAUAUUAUUUAUCUUUCGACAUUGUUAUUUUAUUAUGCGCACUAACGACACUGCCCACGAUAACAUAUCGUCCGCUUCGUUUAAGCUUAAAUGUAACGAAUCAAAAAAAAAAAAAAAGAGCCUCAAGCAGCGAAAUCUCGCCCGUAGACGGUUCUACGGAGAUAUAGAUUCGGCUCGUUGUUCCAACAUAUUUUCCACGUCGCGAAAUUGUACUCCGUUUAAGAGCGCCGUCGGAUCUCCUCUACGCCGAGAUUUUCUGCAAAUGUCGACAAAAUGCCCGAAAUUGUCGAGCGACGAAAUCGCUCGGCGCCACAAUGACUGUCCCUUGUAACGAUAUUGUAACAUACUGUAUGUUUUGUGCCGUCGUUAGAGAGAAAGAAGUGUUCUAUAUCACAAAGAAUAAAAGUUAUAUUACAUGUUCACACACGCUGCCGCUCGGACGAUUCGCAAAGUGUUCCCGUCGUCGUUUGGAAUCGCGCGAGCGCGGAAUGGCGCGAAUGGCGAUGAUUACAUACGAUAUUCCUUAUGUUACAAUGUAAUAUUAUAUUUAUUAAAUAAAACUAGUAACUGACGUAUUUUGAUCA